UCCGUAGACUACAGUAACACGUACAUUAUUUGUUUCGUAUUAUUAAAUAAAAUUAAUAAUUAUUAUGCAAUAUCUGUUUUUCUAAUAGUAAAUGAAAAAAAUCAGGGUGUUAAACUACAAUGGGUGGUAAAAAUAAACAAAGCCAAAGAACCAAAAACAAUGUUCGCCCUUCAAGUAGCGGCCGGAGCGCAGAAUUGCUCACCAGCGCUGGAAAGUUUGACUCUUCGAUGACGGCCGUUGGUGGAAAAAUUAUGCCCGCUUUAUUUCCCACACUAGCCGGAGUUACCCUAGAUCCUGGUCUAGAUCCGGAGCUGGCAAUGUGUAUUAAAAAACUCAACAAGAAAGAUCCAAUCACCAAAACCAAGGCAUUACAAGAACUGAAAGAACUUGUAAACAAGAGCAGUGUGGAAGAUGUGGAGGCGGUGUUGCCGAGCUGGAGCCACUUCUACAAGACAUUAUUUGUGGAUGCUGACUGCAAGGUUCGGGAAUGUACACAGGCGUGUCACGGCGCGAUAGUCCGCGUGUGCGGCCGCCGCGUGGCGCCGCACCUGAAGCAGCUGCUGCCGUCGUGGCUGCAGGCGCAGUAUGACGACCACGCGCCCGCGCAGUCGCAGGCGCAAUUGUCGCUCAAGAAUACUUUCCCCGACGCAAAACUGCCUGAAGUGAUAGCAUUUUGCAAGACAGAAAUCCUAGACUUCCUUGAAGACAAUCUUAUUGGCAAAUCGGCUAUGGCAGCGCUUUCAGAAGAAGAGGAGAACGGUCGCGGCAGUGCUGCAGCGCUUCACGGCUUGGCGUGGACUUGUCGAUACGCUUCGAACGCGCUACAUGAUUGGUUGUGGGCACGAGUUGCGAAGUUGUUGGCUAAAGAUACGUUCUGGCGAUUGGCGACGCAUAAAGAGAGUACAGUAAGGGCGGCGUGGUGGGCGGCGCUGGGCAGCGCGGUGGAGCGCUUCCCGCGGGCGCUGCCGGCGGCGGCGGGCGCGCGCCUGCUGCGGGCGGCGCUGGGCGCGCGCGAAACGGAUGCGCGCGCGCUCGCGCAGCUGUGGGCGUGCGUGCUGCGAGUCGUGCACAGCGUGCCGAAUUGGCACACAUGGUUGGAUAAGAAAGAUCUUCUAUUGAAAAGGAUUCUCAAUCUAUUAGAAACUGGUGGGUGGGGUGACGCUAAGCAGCUGUCGAACACAUUGCUGCCGCUGCUGGCCGGCCUGCCUGCGGACAUGCUCACGAAACACUUCUAUGAAGAGUUGUUCAAGGCUAUUUUUAAAGGCCUGGAAAUGAAGACCGUAAUAAACUCCAAGAGCGAGCGUCAAUCGUGGAUAUUCUUACUCUCGCAAUGUAUCCGCCACUUGUCCGACCAGCCGCUGGAGGGCGCCACAGAGCUGUGCAGCGCCGCGCACCGGCAGUGGCUGCACGUUCUGUGCAACGACGCGCUGAUGCUGAGGCACUCCGCCGACAUGACUGACCUGCUCAAGUUUUGGAUGAACAAGGACGGCGAGCGCUACACGACGCUGGUGCGCAACUUCUGGCAGAACAUGGGUGCGCAGGCGCAGCGCGGCACAGAGCGCGGCGCGGGCGCGGCGGCGGACGCGGCGCGCGCGCUGCAGCUGCUGCUCGGCUCUGUGCGCAGCGGCUACAUGCAGCCCGCGCGGCAACAACAUUCUAUUAGGUUCGACGGCGACGAUCCCCCAGAGAAUUCCCCCCCUCCUCAGCACUCGCCCCCUUCCGCCGCCAACACAGAACUGUUCCUCCACCAGCUCACAGCCGCCACAGAACAAAUCUGCGCCACUUACAUCGAAAUCGCAAUAAAUACACGCUCUCCCAAUAUAAUCCUACCGCCUCUGAGCCCUCUAUUGAAUUCCUUAUCGAAGCCAGCGGUAGAAAAUGUAGCGAAGUAUUUAGCGGCCGAUACGGUGUAUGGAUUGUUCGAGAAGGUUCUACUGCCGUGGCUGAAUGAUGAUGAGACGAGAUGCGAGCCGGUAAUGGACAUGAUUUUUAUGCUGUUGGAACACAUGAGCGAAGAGGAACAGGAUGCUACGUUCGCUGCUUUUACGCAGGAGGAGGCCCGCGCGGGGGCGCUGCGGCGCGCGCUGCCGCGGGGCGCGGCGCGGGCGGGCGCGGCGCGGCGCUGGCUGCGGCGCGCGCCCGCCCGGCGCCGCGCCCAGUAUGUAUGUGUGAUGUGUCGGGGGCAGGAGGAGGCCCGCGCGGGGGCGCUGCGGCGCGCGCUGCCGCGGGGCGCGGCGCGGGCGGGCGCGGCGCGGCGCUGGCUGCGGCGCGCGCCCGCCCGGCGCCGCGCCCAGUAUGUAUGUGUGAUGUGUCGGGGGCAGGAGGAGGCCCGCGCGGGGGCGCUGCGGCGCGCGCUGCCGCGGGGCGCGGCGCGGGCGGGCGCGGCGCGGCGCUGGCUGCGGCGCGCGCCCGCCCGGCGCCGCGCCCAGUAUGUAUGUGUGAUGUGUCGGGGGCAGGAGGAGGCCCGCGCGGGGGCGCUGCGGCGCGCGCUGCCGCGGGGCGCGGCGCGGGCGGGCGCGGCGCGGCGCUGGCUGCGGCGCGCGCCCGCCCGGCGCCGCGCCCAGUAUGUAUGUGUGAUGUGUCGGGGGCAGGAGGAGGCCCGCGCGGGGGCGCUGCGGCGCGCGCUGCCGCGGGGCGCGGCGCGGGCGGGCGCGGCGCGGCGCUGGCUGCGGCGCGCGCCCGCCCGGCGCCGCGCCCAGUAUGUAUGUGUGAUGUGUCGGGGGCAGGAGGAGGCCCGCGCGGGGGCGCUGCGGCGCGCGCUGCCGCGGGGCGCGGCGCGGGCGGGCGCGGCGCGGCGCUGGCUGCGGCGCGCGCCCGCCCGGCGCCGCGCCCAGUAUGUAUGUGUGAUGUGUCGGGGGCAGGAGGAGGCCCGCGCGGGGGCGCUGCGGCGCGCGCUGCCGCGGGGCGCGGCGCGGGCGGGCGCGGCGCGGCGCUGGCUGCGGCGCGCGCCCGCCCGGCGCCGCGCCCAGUAUGUAUGUGUGAUGUGUCGGGGGCAGGAGGAGGCCCGCGCGGGGGCGCUGCGGCGCGCGCUGCCGCGGGGCGCGGCGCGGGCGGGCGCGGCGCGGCGCUGGCUGCGGCGCGCGCCCGCCCGGCGCCGCGCCCAGUAUGUAUGUGUGAUGUGUCGGGGGCAGGAGGAGGCCCGCGCGGGGGCGCUGCGGCGCGCGCUGCCGCGGGGCGCGGCGCGGGCGGGCGCGGCGCGGCGCUGGCUGCGGCGCGCGCCCGCCCGGCGCCGCGCCCAGUAUGUAUGUGUGAUGUGUCGGGGGCAGGAGGAGGCCCGCGCGGGGGCGCUGCGGCGCGCGCUGCCGCGGGGCGCGGCGCGGGCGGGCGCGGCGCGGCGCUGGCUGCGGCGCGCGCCCGCCCGGCGCCGCGUGCUCGACGAGGCGGAGGCGCUGGCGCGGGGCGCGGGCGACCGCCAGCUGCUGCUGAUGGCGCUCACGCCGCUGCCUGACAACGAAAUGCUAGUAGGCGAAGAGACAGUGUCGCAAGUGGUGGACAUCCUGAUGUCAUCCCUGUCUGAGGGCGAGCCGGAGCGCGUGUGCUCUGUGCUGUCUCAGCUGGCCUGCGCUCUGUGCUCGCGGCCGCCACACAACUACGACCAGCUGCUGCUGGCGCUGCUGUCCCUCAACCUCAGCCAACAGCGCGGGUCCCCGCAACUCUCCCUGGAAUCGUGGCUAGAGGCGCGUGGGUCCUGGCAGGACGGGCUGCACUCUCUAGACACAGAGCGCAGGCGCGCGCUGCGGGAGAAAGCGGCGCAGCUGCUGCUGGACUCUGUGCACACACACAACACGCCGACAGAACUUAACAUCCCGGGAAUCGAACACGCGGCCUCCCUUUGUCCGUACCUACUCACUGACUGCGAACACGCCGUGCCCUUCUCUACAGACGAAACGGCGGAGCUCCUCCGACAACUGUUCGAGGCCGCGAGGAAACUUCUAGAAGGUACAGCGAGCCUAGACGAGUUCGCGCUAAGGCACGACUGCAUCGUGUCGAAGCUGAGUUGCCCGCUGUCGGACGACGCCGCGGCCGCCGUCGUGCGACACUGCGACUCCGACACCGAGCCGCAACUCACGGAACAACAUGCUAUAAUACGCCUAACAGAACUACUAUUCCGAGCUCUAUGUCUCCGCACGCUAUUCCUUCACAAGCCGGACACUGAAGAAACGAGUUCUGACACAGAGCAGACAUGGUGCUCGGUGCUGCUUGGAGACGAGUACAUACGGGACGAGUAUUGUCAGCUCUUGCGAGAUUACGUCGUUGUUGAUUCGCUGCAUGAGGGUUAUGCUUUUUGGCCUCACUACGAACUAAUCGAAAGAACAAAAUCCAAACUAGACGUGUCACUACACGACAUAAUAACGGAAACUCCAGUCACUGUGAGACGACAGAUAUUGCUCUCAUUGUCCGAACGCGCCGCAAAAGAGGGGUACUAUUGGGCGUAUGCGCGGAGUUACUAUGAGGCGCAGGUGAAGUCGGACGACCAGUCGGGAGACAAGUCGACGGAUCUGUUGGAUAUUGGGAGUCUGGACGUGGACAAGUUGGCGGAGGUCGUCACUGGCAACGGAUUUUGUCAUAGUCUUCAGGCCAACCUCCGCUGGCUCCCGGCGCCCCCUCCCCGCGACGAGCCCCCCUCCCCGCCCCCCUCCCCCCCGCCGUCCCGCGCGCUGCGCACGCGCUACCUGGCGAUGGUGCGCGGCGCGCUGUGCGCGCUGCAGGCGGAGCGCGCGCCGGAAGAUAUACAAACCGCUUUUGCGAAGGACGCGUUCAACAUUGUACGCGCAGGGAAAGUCGACACCGAUCUCAUUGUAGAUCUGUAUUAUAGGUUCGAGAGAGUCAUGCUUGGCGACAGGGAGCCAUCGUCAGUGCCCUGGCAGACAGUAGUGUGCACGGCGGCCGUGACUGACUUCCUGUCAGUCAUGGCGGCCGAGCGCGGCUGGCACGCCGCGCCGCAGCACUGGGACUUCGCCACCAUAUCUCUGUGCGCCGUGAUAUCGGCAUUGACACGACCUAUUACCACUAAGACGGCGAUGCUGUGCGUAUCAGCUGUCCGUCUUCUAAGCAGCGUCCAAACGUUCAUAGAAGCGCUCCCUGAGGAAUGUAUGAAGAGACAGCCUCCCGCGCACGUGGCGGCUCUCAUGAACGAGUGGAAGGACAUAUUUUCUCCGGAUAUAAACACCAAUCUGUUCACCUUUAUAAUACAACUGUUAGAAUCGCCGCCCCCCGAGCCGAUGACGUGCGCCCAGGCGCGCACGCUGUCGUCGCUGUGCGCGUGCGCGGCGCGCCUGCAGUGGGGCUCGCUGCCGGCGGGCGCGCGCGCGGCCCUCCCGCUGCGGCGCGCGGCGGAGGGCUGCGCGCGCGCGCUGGCGGGCGGCGCGCCGCGCGGGCUGCAGUACCUGGCGCACGCGCUCGGCCUGGCCAUAGCCGACGACCUGGUGUUGGAGGACGCGGAGAAGCUAUCAUCGCUGGGCGAGCACAGCCCCGCGGCCGAGGAGUCCCCCGAGCGCGGCGGCGGGCGGGGGCCCUCGCUCAGCCUCACGUACUUCCUGCCGCACUACCUCGCGCUGCUGGAGCUGCUGGACGCGGCGCUUGUGGACAUUCCCGUGGGCGAGGCGACGUGCGAGAUGCGGGCGGGCGCGCGCCGCGUGGCGCUGGGCGCGCUGCUGCUGGCCGACGUGCUGCACGCCGCCUGCGCGCGCGCGCGCGGCGACCUGCCGCACCACUACAUACAGCUCUUCAGAGAACAGAAAUACACGGAGCUGCUGCUGUCGAGCAGCGUCCGCCUGCUGCCGGGCGCGGCGCUGUCGUUCUCGCCGCCGCUCGCGGACGCGCUCGUGCAGCUGUUCGUGGCCGGCCGCCGCUACUCCGUGGACGAAUCGGAGAGCACGUGCCACUCGGUGGGCGACGUGGCGUCGCUGGCGUGCCGCGGCGUGUUCCACGCGCUGGCGGGCCCGGGGCAGGCGGGCGCGCGCGCCGCCUGGGCCGCGUGGGGCGCGCGGGCGGCGCGUGCGCUGGCCGCGCUGGCCGCCGCCGCCGUCGCGCCGCAGCUGCUGCGGGACCAGUUCCGGCGCGCCGCCCGCCGCGCGCACACGCUCGUCGACACGGAGCUCACGCUGCUGCCCGCCGCGAGGGAGGCGCACGCGGUACACACGGUUGAGGAGCAGCCCCUGCACCUCACGAUCUCGUUCUCGGCGGAGCACCCGCUGACGCCGCCGCGCGUGCGCACGCCGCGCGCGGGCCCGGCGGCGGGCGCGCACUGGCUGCUGGUGUACCUGGGCUACCAGAACGGCGACCUGCUGCGCGCCGUGCGGCUGUGGACGCAGGCGGUGGGCGCCAGGGUGGAGCGCGCGCCGCAGUGCUACAUCUGCUACUGCCGGCUGCACCCCGGCGAGGGGCUGCUGCCCAAAGUGUUCUGCAAUCAGUGCAAGAACAAGUUCCACAAGUCGUGCUUGCGCAAAUGGUUCACAACGAGCAAGAAAUCAAACUGCCCCGUGUGCCGCUCAGCUUUCUAGCAGUACGAGACGUCACACUCCGCGCGCGACGUCACACUCCCUUGACGUCACACUCCACGCGCGACGUCACACUCUGCGCGUGACGUAACAUAACGGAAACUAAAUCAGUACAAAUGACGAAGCUAACGGUUGCCUUCCACUUGUUAUCGCCUUGUGUGUGUCGUGUAAAUGUCGGAUUUUCGUAAAAUAUAGAAAGUACAGAUACAGUACCUAGUAUAGCCCUAAUAUAUACAAAUUAUAUUUAUUGGUCAUAAAAAAAAUACAUAUUCACUAGAAACAUACAUUAAGAAUAUGUUGAGCAACCCUUUGUAUCAGUGUAUCAGCUAAAAUAGUUGUUAUAAAUUAAAAUUCUUCUGUACUUUCUAUAUUUUGUGAAAUUUAUAUAAUUGUUAUCAAAAUAGUAAACAGAAUAUCAAACAAUAGUUCCUACUUUUGUACACCCUGUACUUUACGUACAGCGGGUAGCGAAAUAUUUAUCAGCAGUUAUUGUUAACCUAGCUUCAUUUGUUUUCCUUAACUUACACAGAGAAAUAAAGUUACGAUAUUUAUUGAAAAACGUUCACCAAAGUCUGACGAGUUUCAUGAAAAAUCUCCUAACCUGACUCUUGAACCCUUAUCAGUAUGUGAACCCCGGAUUGCUCCUCGGGGAGACGUCACGUCUCCCCGAACAAGCAGCAGGAAAGUGAUAAACAUAGUCGCGAACUUUAGUGCUCUGUAAAAUAUAGUGAGAUUGUUCCCGAUUUGCUUCAAUAAAUAUUU